AUGGCAACAUUUGAAGAAAGCAUUCAAAUUAUAGAGAAAGGACUUCAAUAUUUGAAGAAACAACACAAAAUGUAUACAGACAGUCAAAUAGAACCUUCACAAUACGAAAUUAAUUGUGAAGAUUGUUUAUCAAAGAUUGAUGAUUCAUUAAUUUGCGUUCGUCAUACAUAUUUACCAAUGUCUAUACCAAAAUUGCUCAAAUUCCCUGAAAAUCCCCCUGCCUGGCUCAAUUUGAAAAAGAAAGAAAUCGAAGAAUACCAAGCUUCUGUUAAAAAUUCAGAAAUGCUUCAAGAAAGAUUACUCCGUAAGUUCAGACGUCCAGGAUUACGCAAAUCUAAUGUUGAAAAAGCUGUUCAACUCCUUACAAUUGAGCAACAAAAAUUAUAUAACGCCGAACUCUGGAAAAUAUAUGUAAAUUUGGCGGAAAGUCUAAAAGUAUCUAGUAGGAUUAACAUUCCUAUUGCAAGCAAAGCUCCACAAGAAGUUAUCGAAGGAAUUUCAGAGGCGGUUGAACAAGCUGACAUCAACAUACAAACAAUUGACGAUAUUUCAAUGGUUCUUACUUUCGCAUUCGGAGAAGAUGGAUUUCUUGAAAAAGGAUUAAAUGGAGGCCUAAAGAAAGACACAGCGGUAAUUACAGCCGCAGCAACCCAAGUAUUUCCUAAUUUUGAUAAAGGAGAGCUACUCGGCGUCAUUCUACCAUACGUUGCGAAGAUUUACGAAAAUGAAGUCAUCGAAGAUGCGAAAACCAUUGCUCCAAAGUUCAUAGAACAGUUCGAGGAAGCCUCUUCAAUUCUUGGAGAUAAUAUUUCUAUUUCAGAUUUCGCUCAGGAAGGUGAAUUACCCGAAAAAAUUACAAAUGCAAUUUUAGAUGUUUUAUUUUACGACGACUUUGACCAAUUAAUAGCCAAAUUUAAUGAUGCCGCUAAAGAAGUUAUCAAAAUUUCCAAAUCUUAUCGCCAAGCACGCGCAAUCCUUGGAACUGGAUUAAUUAAGGCUCAGGACCCAAGGAUUGUUCCUCUAUUCUUCGCAGGAAUGAGAUAUUGCUCUCCUGGAACGCUUAGUCAGUUCAAUCUCGCUCCAUUGUAUCUUAUGACGUUUGAAGAGAUAACUACGUUAGUUCCGGACUUCGAAUAA